AGGAAGGAGGGACCGUGUCGGUGGGAUGGUCCGGAAAUCCCGUGAUAAAAAGAGGGGCGCGGGGGAAAAGUAGGGAGAAGGUCUGGACUGAUUCUCUCUCCCCACCCCGCGCCUUCCCCGGCAGCCCUCAGGCACAUGGGCGCCGGCCGGAGCCUCUAGGAGCAGAGCAGCGCGGAGGAGGGAAGCGGAGCUCGCUGCAGCGGCCACCUGCCGCCGGCCCGGCACAGCUCAGGCUGUGCUCCAAGGAUUCCUGGUCUCUGUGCAUGUGAGGUGUGAAGGUGGGCAGCACCCCUAAGCCAUCACCAUGGAUUUCGUUAUGAAACAAGCACUAGGAGGGGCUACCAAAGACAUGGGGAAGAUGCUGGGUGGGGAUGAGGAGAAAGACCCAGAUGCUGCCAAGAAAGAGGAGGAACGACAGGAAGCCCUCAGGCAAGAAGAGGAAGAGAGAAAAGCCAAAUAUGCCAAGAUGGAGGCUGAAAGAGAAGUUAUGAGACAAGGGAUUCGAGACAAGUAUGGUAUAAAGAAGAAGGAAGAAAAGGAAGCAGAGGCCCAGGCCGCACUGGAAGCUAAUGCUGAAGGGAGUCUGACACGCCCAAAGAAGGCGAUCCCUCCUGGCUGUGGGGAUGAGGAGGACGAGGAAGAAGAGAGCAUUCUAGACACAGUCAUCAAAUACCUACCAGGGCCCCUGCAGGACAUGUUCAAGAAGUAAUAUCUGCAGACUGUUGGAUGGGCAUAAACAGUACUGCAAAGGAUUUUUCUUUUGCCCAAUGGGGAUUUACAAUCUUGCCAUCCAUCAUGCAGCCCUCUCCACCUCUGCCCUCUACUGCUCACUAGGAGUACUUUCGCUUCCCAUUCCCUUCUGACUGCCUCUUUCCCUUCUCUCCACCCUAAGACUCAUUCAUUCCUUUUUUGUACAUAGUCACAUCCAGUAGAUGCCUCUGAAUGGAUGUAAAGAUUAAAAAGCUGCAGCCUACACAAAUUUUAUUAUAAGCCAUAGUACUAUGUAUGUUAAAUAAGGCAACUGUACAUUAAGCAUAGAAAAGGAACAACCUCAUGUGCAUUUCCAUUCUAACCAGGAAGGAGUGUUCACUAAGUGUGCACAGUGGCCUCUUUAAUUUUCUUUAAUUCUUUUUUUAUUAUUAUUGAUAAUAAUUAUUAGUCAUUAUUAUUUUUGUUGAUUGGCUCACACUAGCCAAUUGUUGCGAGCACAUCUGCCCUUGGAAGGGAUCUCAGUUCUCCCAUGGAAGCAGAGCUUUUCUGUUUUAAUUCCAUCACUGGCAUAAAUAAGAGAUCAUUUGGAAGAUAAAUCAUGUGGGACUUACACAGCUGACAUCACUCAGAACUGUGGAAGGAGUGAGUCAUCUUCCCUCAGAUGCUGGUAGAAGUUAAAUGCCUCAGAAUCUAAGCAAGAGUCAUGUUACUUUGGGAAUUAGCCAUACACUUACCUUGAAAGAGAAGAUUUGGUCAGAUAGUUGCCAUACGAGAGCUGAAAGCACAGGAAGAGUGCAUGAUGGUCUGGUAGAGGACCUCCCCAACUCCUUUGAAGCCUAUAACCAAGGCCAUAGACCACUCUGAUUAACUAACCGUCCUCUUUCUGCCCAGUGCCAUAUUCAACUGUCCCAUUCCCAGCAGUGCUUGCAGGAUGGAUAAUUGGUUUCCAGUAUAUUAUUGUGGCUGUGUCCUGUCUACCCCUUCCUGCAGUGUAUAGGAGAGUGUGGUUGUGUGAAUGUUAGCCAUAGCCCUGAAGAUCCAGAAAUUCUGAGUAUGCCUGCUAUGUAUCAUGCUAAAUUACUGACAAGGACUGCAUAAGGUCACUUAUUUUUCUGCUCCACUCAGCUUCUCCAGCUGCAAAAUUCAAGUGUCAGACUCUACCUACUGUAUAGGCAUAAAGUGAGGAUGCUUAUCCAGUGCUGUGCAGGAGUUAAUUAGUAUUAUGACAGUGUGUGGCAUUCCUUGAUGUUGGUAGGCUGGAGGAAAUCUCUCUCUCGCCAUUGUCCUUGUUGCCUUUCCCAGACACAGAUACAGAGGUCUUCUCAAUACGGCACUGUAGGUACUAACUGUAUAAGGUAAGCCAAAUUCUACUGGAGAUGUUGACUUGUUAGUCACAGACUCAUAUACAUAGACAGACUGAACACAGAUUCUCAUGAUCUGGUGUUUGGCUUGUCAUCUGAAGAGCUGAUCCUGGAGUUUUUUUAUUUGGCUAGGUCUUUGUAGUUGCUGCUGCAAGACCAUCGUGUCAUCUAAGUCUCACAAACUUGCAAGAGAAUCAGGGUUUAUUUGGAAGAACUACUAUUGCUUGUCCCUGUCAUGGGAACAACAAGACUAUCCCAAGUACAUGGAAGAGAUUCGGAAGCAAAUAUGUGCUUUCUACUGACAACAAAAAGGAAAGCAAUCUCAGACACUUCAUUAUGUACAUAAACUAAGCAUUUUACGUAAAUGGAACUUCUUUGAUGCACUUGUUCAGCGAAACUGAGUUUAGGCAAAUAUUUCAGCACUUUCCUGAAUAAGAAAUUUUAAAAGAUAUUUAUCGUCUUUUCAGGUAAGCAGAAGAAAUCUGCACCAUAUUUAAGACAGUGAGCUUGCGAACUCUGUGCCUUUUAGCAGUAUCUCUCACAAUAAAGAAAAAAUAUUAUGAAAGGGAAGAAAUAUAUUUAUUUUUGAAUCCUCACUCAAAUCUUAUUCAGCUAUGAUAGUUCUCGCUUCUUCACAAAUAACUUCAACCAUAAGUUUCUACAAAAUGCAAAGUGGCUGAGGAAGUUUGACUUAUCUGCAAGUCAGAAUCAGCUAAUAAAAAUGCAACUUAUUUCAGGCUGGUUCUACAAACAAGACAUGUUCAUUUAAGUACAAGCAGCCAAGGGCUCCUCAGAGGAAAAAGAAGGCAGGUUUUACUCUUUCAGGUAAUGUCAGUGGUUUUUGCCCUAACUUUCAUUUAAAGCAAGAUGAGUGUCUCCUGACUAAUACUUUAAUGACCCAGAGUGCUUUUUGUCUGUGAAUCUAUGCUAUGCUUGGGUUUAGCAUAGCAGUGUUGGGUAAUUUACCAUUUUCUAGGGAGAGUGUCCCACUCAUGCCAUACAAAUUCAGCAGCUAGUAAUUUGAGCCUACUUAAGUGAACUUCAAAUAACCGAAAAUUCUCCUUAUGUCAUAAAAGCAGCAGCUGUUUUUCAUGCUCUGCAAAAUUCAACUCCCCUGAAAGUUAAAAGUCAGAGGCUGGCUCUUUGCUUCAGCCACUCAUUGCUAGCAAAAUCUUCUAGCCCAGAUCACACUGAAAUACCAAUAUCAAUAGUUUUGAAAUGCUCUGACUUAUCUCUGUGGCCUGUGUCCUCUAAUACCUAAGUAGAACCAGCAGAAACAUGCCCUUACUAAAAGAGACACAUCCAUUCGUAUUUCCCCCUGGCCUUGUGCUGGAAAACUCUGCUAACAAAGAAACAAAUAAAGAGAAUGAACUCGUUCAGGUUUGCUUUGGCCUUUCUUUACCAGUUGCUUGUUGACCUUUCACUAACCCCCGUGAUGGACACAAUUCCUCAUCCAGUCAAACACUGUUCCUGGCAUAGAAUCAGAAUUUUUUGCCUCAUGUCCUUCUUGCAGAACAGUACUGCCAAUUGUUUAUUUGUUUUCACAGUCUCUCUGACAGCUUGAUGUGCAUGUGUGUGCCCACAUGUGUGGAAGAUGAGGAAAAAGGAGAAGAAAGGGAGAGAAGACAGAAGGGAAGAAUGUUUGGUAUUAUUUUUUCUAACUGUGCCUCAGCAGCUGUGCCACUGAAUAUCUGGUCUAAGUCAGGAUCUUGUGUGGUCUGUGCUCAAAUUUCAUAAGCAUUUAGUGCUAUCCUUGGGCUUAGAGCAUUAAAAAGACUCUUUUUGUGAGCUGAGCUCCUCCUGAGCUGUGUGAACAUCUGGAUCCAAACCCUGAAGAGGGCCAUAAGUACUCUGUGCUCAGCUUUUAGGCCUCAUGCCAGAGCUGCAGAGCAAGAGGGAAAGGGAAACAUUAAAUAAUGUUUGCCAAGACUUUUUCAUUGCGGGAGCUUCUCAGGCCAGCCAUGCCAUCACUUCUGUACCUCACCUCUCCAAUCCCACGGCAGCUGUUCCCCCAUGGACAGCAGAGAGUUCAGUCAGAUGUGAGCUGGUAGCUCCCAUUUUAAUUUUCCUUUUCUUUCUAUAAAGAAACAUGACAGAAGAUCUACCACAGGUACUGGACAGGUUUUACCUCACAUAACUUUUGGCACCUCACCUAAGUUCUGGACCUCUCCUCAAAUCAUUCCACUAUCCCCGAAGUGCCUAAGCCAUGCUGAAUAGAUUUGAGAGCAGGCACUCUCCCCUACCUUCUGCCCAUCCAUUUCCCUUCCCACUCUGAACUGGCAACAUGGGACACAGACAUCUUUGGCUCAUGUGUGGAUGUGAGAAGUGAUGUCUCAGACAAUUUCCCCCUCAGCACUCAACAGGAGUUGAAGCACUUAAACAAGACCAAAGAGAAACAUGGUUCAUUGUUUGGAUUCUGAAUAUCUCUUUGUCUUCCCAUGCCUUUGUUUUAUUUGCAUCACUGCUCUGUUCAAUCUCAGGUAAAUGAGGUCUUUUUUUUUAACUAGUUUUUAUUUACACAGAAAUUUUGGUGGCUAGACACUGCAGCCAUUUUCCUUCACAGUUCCAAGACCUUACUGGUUAGUAAAAGAAAAAGUCAAAGGGCCUCCAUAUUUGGAGGGUAGUGAUUUAGUUUGCCAUUGACCUUGUGAACUCACAUUUAUAUUUAGAGAAAGCCAUAUGAAAUCAGACUGCAAUAUGAAAUAUGAAUGCUACUCUUGUGUUUAAAAUAAAUAAAGCAAACUAUAAAAUCAUGUGCUAUAUUACUUUGGAGUUCCUCUGUCUAUGUUUCGUACCAUACAUUGGCUUAGGUCCUUCCCAGCCCCUUUCCUUCAUAAAGAAAGACCAUAUCAAUGCUGCUGAAUACAUCUUUUUGGCAAGCUUACUGUGCUAGAAUAAGCAUUGUUAGAAACUAGCUGUUGUGACCUCAACGUAAUGUCUUAUGUAUCUGAGAGUUGUCUGUAUCUGUUCUGAAUAUAUGUUAUCAGGAUAACCAUUUCUUCAGGCACUGAAUUAGUAAAAUGUUUCAGUACUGUCAUUAAAAAAUUGCUUGUUUUCUCUCUUUCUCUCUCAUACACACAGAGCAAAAUUCAACUUAGCCAUGCAUUUUCUAGUAGAAAUGUUCCCUGGCUUUAUUUCAGAUGCAUGCAGUACUCUCUAAGCAACUAGAAGAUGAUUUAAAGUAGAGACUUCGUGAAUGUGAAUCUCAUUUGUUAUUUGCCUGCUACUUUUUCCUGCAUGAUGUGGGUAAAUGGUAUAAUGUUCUUUUAAAAUGGAAUCACAGCCAAUAAAAACCCCAGUGAGUUCAUACA